AUGGAUGUCGAGGUCAUCAAUCUCGAUGACGACUCUGAUAAUGACAGCACGACGAGCAGUCUGACGAUAGGACGAGGCGAGCUAUCAUCCCCAGCGUCGUCUCCGUCGCCGUCGUCUACCUUUGGGCAGGAUGAUUUCAUGACAGAUGAAGAUUUCGAGGCAUAUGUGUCUGGCAUAUCCGGUGCGGUUCUGUCCAGUCCUACACCAGCAAGACCCCGAGCCCUAGCAUAUACCGUCCAAAGCCCUACCAGGACCCCAAUCAGUGAGAUCAACUACCAGGGCCGGACAUACAAGCUAGGGAAAUUCGUCGAGCUCCACGAUGGCACCUUUCUACGCCUCAAUCGCAUUUUCCAUUCAAGCGAGGGGACUGUCAUCUUGGGCCCCAAGUUUGAACGGUUAGAGACGAUGGACAGCCUCAUGCCGGAUAGAGUCAACGAGCUGUGCUGGGUAGUUGACCUUGGGGACGUUAACUCUACAGGCCAGCCUCACAGCGAAGAGGUCAAAGUCCCUCUCUCCAUGGUGCGUCGUCCCCGCAUCAUCAGGAUCACCAAUCACCCAUAUACACGCACCUCGGCCGUUCAGAAUAGAGACGAUGGUUUACUAUUCUGUCGAAUUAAAUAUACCCGGAAGUGGGUGCGUAUAUCAACUACGUCUAGUCGCGGUGCAGCUCGCAUCGUUGAGGAGGCCAUCACCUAUCUCGCGCCAGAGGAGUGCCAGACCUCCUUCUCCGUUUCAAAGCCCUUUCUACGAGAGAACUGGCGUGGCAGACCUCCAGCCGGAUCUGGACGACAACCGCGAAGAUAUACGUUUGGUGACGGUUUCUGCGGCGCCGGCGGGGUCUCUAGGGGCGCACAGCAAGCCGGUUUGAAGCUGGUAUGGGCAUUCGACAAGUCACUGUCUGCAAUGAACAGCUACAGAGCCAACUUCCCUUCCUCCCUGGCCGAGACAAGCGAUGUCGCCGACUUCUUGACAAAUGACAGCUCUGAUAUCAGAGUAGACAUCUUGCACGUAUCUCCACCCUGCCAGCCAUUCUCAUCUGCUAAGACGAUAGCUGCGGCACACGAUGACGCCAACGAAGCGUGUCUAUUUAGUAUCUGGCGGUUGAUAGAAAAGUGUCGUCCCCGGAUAGUCACCAUGGAGGAGACCAGCGGCCUAAAGGAACGCCACAAGGAGUGGUUAUAUGCUAUUAUUCACACCUUUGUCGAGCUAGGGUAUAGCGUGAGAUGGGGGAUAGUCAAUUGCAAGGACUACGGGGUGCCCCAGUCGAGGAGAAGACUGGUCAUCCUAGCCGCUGGCCCAGGAGAAUCUCUCCCGCCUUUCCCCCAGCCAACUCAUGGAACUACGCCUGGCCUUCUGCCGCUACAUACCAUCCUCGACGCCAUAGGGGCCAUACCGAGCACGGCGCCUGACCACGACUUGGAGAGAGCCGAACGACCGUUCCACCGACCACCGUACGAUCCGCGCCAGCUGGCUAAGACCCUCACUUGCUCUGGCGGCGACAACUACCAUCCAUCGGGGACGAGGACCUUUACCCUACGGGAGGCCGCAUCGCUGCAGACGUUCCCCAUCCAGCACGUCUUCUGUGGCCCAGGAGUGAUGCAGCAGAUCGGGAACGCCGUGCCUCCUGUCCUGGCUAGAGCCCUCUUUGGCGAGGUCGUCCGCUCCCUCACGCACACCGACCACCCAGAGACCGUCAUCAUCGACUGA